CCUCCGCCGGGCGCGGAGCUAUAAGGGCAGCGCGGAGCGGCGCGGAGCGCGGCGGAAGCCAUGGGUAACCGUGUCACCCGCGAUGACUUCGAGUGGGUCUACACGGAGCAGCCCCACACGCAGCGCAGGAAGGAGAUCCUGGCAAAGUAUCCAGAGAUCAAGGCUCUGAUGGGACCAGAUCCACAUUUAAAGUGGGUUGUAUCUGGAAUGGUUUUUAUGCAGUUUCUAGCAUGCUACCUGGUGAAAGACUUAUCCUGGAAAUGGAUUUUCUUCUGGGCUUACGCUUUUGGGGGUUGCAUCAACCAUUCGCUGACCCUAGCCAUCCAUGAUAUUUCACACAACGUUGCCUUUGGGAACAAGCAGGUCAAGUGGAACCGAUGGUUUGCAGUCUUUGCCAACUUGCCAAUUGGCAUCCCUUACUCUGCCUCCUUCAAGAAGUACCACAUUGACCAUCAUCGGUACCUUGGUGGGGACAACCUGGAUGUGGACAUUCCCACAGACUUUGAAGGCUGGUUCUUCUGUACGCCACUUCGGAAACUGCUUUGGCUUUUCCUCCAACCUCUGUUCUACAGUCUGAGACCACUGUAUGUGAACCCCAAAGCAAUUACACGGAUGGAAAUUUUUAACGCUCUUGUCCAGUUUUCUAUAGACCUUAUCAUUUACUGCCUUUGGGGGCUCAAACCUAUUGUUUACUUAAUAGCAGGUACAAUUCUUUGUAUGGGUGUACAUCCCAUUUCUGGGCACUUCAUAGCAGAACACUACAUGUUCUUAAAAGGCUAUGAGACAUACUCUUAUUAUGGACCUCUGAACUGCCUCACCUUUAAUGUAGGCUACCACAUGGAGCACCAUGACUUCCCCAGCAUUCCUGGAUGCAGAUUGCCAAUGGUGAAGAAGAUCGCAGCAGAAUAUUAUGAUAACCUCCCACAUCACCAGUCCUGGAUUCGAGUUCUGUGGGACUUUGUUUUUGAUGACAGUAUCGGUCCUUAUUCAAGGGUUAAGAGACUAUGCAAGCUGGCAAAAGAAAGCUAACGGACUAGCUCCGGCUGCUGCAUUGCUGUUCUGUUUGUUUCAAUGCCUUGAGUUUUGUGUGGAAGUAGAAGGAUGUUUGUGCGUGCUGAAGGAGCAUGGGUGUGUGCUCCUUAGACUGAGAGGAUGACUGUGGAAAUGAAGCAAUUGGAUGCACUAUUUUUGACUACUGAUACUUUUUAGCAAAGAUUAUUUGUGUAUGUAACCCUGAGAAACUAGAUUAGAGUGAGCUAUGAUUAUGCAAACCUUUGGUCUAGGCUUAGAAUUAACUUCCUGGCCCGAGUGUGCCUGAGUUUUGGCCUGGUCUGCAGCAGAGAAUACUUGGCGCAUGUAUGUGUGAGCAUGCGUGUGUGUAGUUUAGGACUGAUUUCUCUUCAUGCCAGAUUAGAUGUAGAUGCUUUGUGUGCAUAUGACUGUGAAAACAGGGAGGAUUGGCACACAGUAGUAAAUGAUACUUUCUGGCAAACACAAGGGUGCCUUUAGCUCAAAGUCUUGUCUAAUCUAAUAUCUUACUUCUGAUAAUGGUUGGUAGCAGAGAUUUUGUAUAUGCAAUAGAAUAUAUGUAUAUUUUUGUACAUUUGGAUCAUUAUUUUAGUAGCUACUGUUUGACCUUUAUUCCAGGGCUUUGUCUAAACCUUUUCUGAAUCCAUUUCUAUCCUUAGGAUCUAAUAGUCAGUGUAGCUAAGUGGCAGAGCCGAAUUGUGGUGUGGAUAAACCCUUCCUUUAGUCUUCCACUCACUGCCUGAUCAGCAGGAUGGAUGUGCCCCUGGAGGAACUGAGUGGUCCUCUCUCCCUCACCUUUUCAUAACUUCAUGUUUCUCAUACUUUUCCCCACUGUAAGGCCUUCUGGGGGUGGGAAGGUUCUAUUUUUAAUUGCUGCUUACCAAGGUUGUUGGUAUUCCUAAUCAUCUUUCCUGGUCUUCUCUAUAUUAUACUCCUUUGUGUGAACAGGAGUUAGAAGUAUGUGUCAGUGAAGACGUGGAGACAUUAUGGUGGUAUUUGUUCCUAAUUGCUUUCAGAAUAGUUGUAACUUUUUACCUCUCAUUCAAGGGGCACCAACUUGACAGUUGGGAAGCACGUGACUAUAUAUAAAAGCUGUAUAAAAGCCAUCAGUGACAGUGUGCAGGGGAUAUCCCUGGAACAUAGAGCUGUGGUUGUUUCUCUCCCUAUGUGUCUUAGUUUGUGCUAUUGACAUUAACCUUCAUCUGUCAUUUCCACCCACUGGAAUAGUUAAAUCUUCCUGCCUGUCCUCUCCAACUAUAAACUUUUGGCUAUCGUCAAUAGUUCUGUAUCACCAAAAACCUUAAUCACCAUACCUGUCCCCAAGCAGAACAAUAUCUUGGGAAUCAGGAGUUCAGAUGCCAUCUAAUAAGUUCCCUCCACCCUGGAAAGCUGACAACUUAUUGCUAUCCUUACUAAGUGGUUAAAAGAGAGAUCUAUAAUGGUCGUCUUAUACUCUUAACAGUUUAACUUUUUUGUUUUCUUCUGGAAAUCCAUGUCUGUAACAAAGAAAAGGAUUAUUGUGCAUUCUCGUUGGUUCCUCAAAGUAUGCUGUUAGACCUGGGAAGCCUGAUUUCCUAAAUAAACACAAUUUUGUUCCUUCCUCCUACAGCACUGGAUGCAGUGAGUCAGUCUGUCUGUUCACCAGCCUGGCACACCGGGCAGCCAAGCUAGCCUGCUGCAAUUUGGGUUCCUCCUCCUCCAUUUCCCCUUCCUCCAUUUUUCUCAUCUGUCUGAUUUUGGCAGUUGGGUAAAUACCCAGGCUUGCUCAGUAGCACAAGGUCCUUUGUAAAGCAGGGGCUGAAUACCAGUUCAUUCACAGAUACUGUUUUGGUCCACGGGUUGUCCUUCUGAAAAAGAAGAACAGGACUUCUUCUGACACUUCAGACUUCACUGGUUCUUCAGUGAAGAACAUACUUCACACAUUAUGUCUUAAUUAUUAAAGCGACUUUUCUCCCAAAUCAAGAGUCUUUAGUGUGGGAACCUCCAUUAACUUCUUUGUGUCAGUGCUUAUGUCAGGGAGCUUCAGUUUUCCAUUGCUACUUUAGUGCUGCUGACACUCCACGAUCACAUAAUUCAACUUCCUGUGUCCUUAGCAAGUUGUGCCUCAACUCUCUUGGCCAACUUAGAAAGUUAAUGUAAAAACCAUAAUAAAGAUUAUGCUAUCUUCCU